GCAAAUUAUUAGACGUGCAGAGGGUGGAGUCGCUGUCCCGAUCUCCUCUCCUAAUAAAUCACAACUUCGCUUCUCGGUUGGCAGCAGCGAUUUCAUCCAAGCACCACGCCGCCGCCGCCGUCGAAGCCGAUCUCCUGCGCGCGGAGCGGAUCGCCUCUGUCAGUCACCAGCUAUACAGUAUGAGUUCACUGGAGAGUGCAAGAGCAGAUCUUGCUCUGCUUAUUUUAUACCUAAACAAGGCUGAAGCAAGAGAUAAGAUCUGUAGAGCUAUACAAUAUGGCUCGAAAUUUGUGAGUAAUGGACAACCAGGGCCUGCACAGAAUGUUGACAAGUCGACUAGUCUAGCUCGUAAAGUUUUCCGACUUUUUAAGUUUGUUAAUGAUCUGCAUGCUUUGAUUAGUCCUCCUGCCAAAGGAACUCCACUACCCCUGAUCUUACUUGGAAAGUCGAAGAAUGCACUGCUAUCAACUUUCCUCUUUCUGGACCAAAUUGUAUGGGCUGGAAGGACAGGAAUAUACAAGAACAAGGAGCGAGCAGAAUUCCUCAGCAAGAUAGCAUUUUAUUGCUUCCUGGGUUCUAACACAUGUACUAGUAUUAUUGAGGUAGCCGAGCUUCAGCGGCUAUCCAAGUCGAUGAAGAAACUAGAGAAGGAGCUUAAACACCAGGAGCUGUUAAAGAACGAGCAAUACCAGAUGAAACUGCAGAAGUGCAACGAGAGGCGUCUCGCUCUCAUCAAAUCGAGCCUCGACAUAGUUGUUGCUAUAGGGCUGCUUCAACUGGCUCCCAAGAAAGUGACUCCGCGUGUGACAGGGGCGUUUGGAUUUGCUAGCUCACUCAUUGCUUGCUAUCAGUUGCUCCCAGCCCCAGCCAAAUCCAAGUGAUCCACCUGAAGGGGUGUCAGUGGGCAGUUCCAAUGUUGCAACCAGUAAGAAAUAAAAGUGGAGCUGCUUGAUUGACUCAUGUGGACUUGAAAAUCCUUUGUGGGUUAUGGUUAAUAUGAUGAUCUAGUGGAUUGCUGCAGCUGUAAUUUUAAGGUGCAGUACUUGUGACAAAAAAUAAGAAACUUAGCAUGGGAAAAAUGUUGCAUUGUUUGCCAAUGGUUUAGUGUUGGGACUAGCUAAUAAGAACAUUGCCAUUAUAUCAACAUCUGUUUGUGUGCCUUGUUCGAGACU